AUGGCCUCACAGAUACAUUUCCUAGACAUCAAGGGCAAACCGUUGCUAUCCCGUGAUUACAAAGGCGACAUCCCCACAAACACAAUUGAGAAAUUCCCCCUUUUAUUAUUAGAGUUGGAAAAUACCAUUGAUGAUGGGGAUUACAAACCAUUCAUCAACCACCAAGGAAUCAACUACAUCUUCAUCAACCACAACAACUUGUACAUUUGCGCAUUAACGAGAAAGAAUGAAAACAUCAUGACCAUUGUCAUUUUCCUAUCGAAAUUGGUUGAAGUUUUGACUCAGUAUUUCAAGUCGUUGGAAGAAGAGAGUAUAAGAGACAACUUUGUUAUAAUAUAUGAACUUCUUGAUGAAAUGAUGGAUUUUGGUAUUCCGCAAACUACCGAUACAAAGAUUUUAAAAGAAUACAUCACACAAGAUUACUAUUCUUUGAUCAAAACUACACCUUCACAUUUGGUUGCGCCACCUAAUGCCGUGACCAAUGCCGUUAGUUGGAGAAAAGAUGGGAUCAGUUACAAAAAGAAUGAAGCGUUUUUGGAUGUUGUUGAAAGUAUCAACAUGUUGAUCUCGCCCCAGGGUAAGGUUCUCAACAGUGAGAUUCUUGGAGAAAUCAAAAUCAAAAGUCACUUAAGCGGAAUGCCCGAUUUACGUUUAGGGCUCAACGACAAGGGACUUUUCACAAGCACUGAUGACUCCUCCUCCACUACCGAGGGCAAAAACGUGGAAAUGGAAGAUAUCAAAUUCCACCAAUGUGUACGAUUAUCCAAAUUUGAAACUGAAAAAAUCAUUACAUUUAUCCCACCAGAUGGCGAAUUCACUCUAAUGUCGUACCGUUUGUCAUCGGCCCAAUUCUUGACAAAGCCAUUGAUGUUGGUGCAGUGCAAGACGAAAGUCCACAAACAUUCCCGAAUUGAAAUCAAUUGUACAAUAAAAGCACAGAUCAAAAAGAAAUCUACAGCUAACAACGUUGAAGUAAUCAUACCCAUUCCCGAUGACGCAGAUACCCCAAAGACAGAGUCCGAAUACGGCUCAAUCAAAUGGAUACCGGAAAAAUCAUGUCUUGUUUGGAAAUUAAAAACUUUCCCCGGUGGUAAAACAUUUUCCAUGAGAGCAGAAUUGGGAUUGCCAGCAGUCACUGACCCCGAGUCUGUCUUGAGCAAAAAGCCAAUCAAGGUGAAUUUCUCCAUCCCCUAUUUCACCACGAGUGGAAUCCAAGUGAGGUAUUUAAGAAUCAAUGAACCAAAGCUACAAUACCAAUCAUAUCCUUGGGUCAGAUACAUUACAAAAUCAGGAGAGGACUACAUAGUAAGAACAAGAUGA